AUGGUGAAUGCACAAGAACUGGAUGCACAAAGACAAAGGUUGGGACUAGAAGCUGAAGCCGCGGCAAGAGGUAUUCAGCAGCAUGGCGGCAACAACAAACCUAGGGUGGUAGAUGAGAAUAGAGGAGUGGAUGGAUUGAUCCCUCCCCAGCGCCAACCAAUAGCUCGAAGGGGUAGAGCUCAACAUCCAGCGCACUUGAUGUAUGAUGAAGAUGAUGCAGAUUUGGAUGGAGCUGGAGCCACUGGAGCGAUAAUGUUACCUGCACUACCUCCAAGUGUUAAGUACACAAUCACUAGCACUAUGAUUCAAUUGUUGAACCUUAAGGGUAUGUUUAGGGGUGCAGCUGGUGAUGAUGUAAAUCAGCAUUUGAUGAAUUUUGUGGCUAUCUGUAAGUCACAAGAGAUUCCUGGGGUAAAUCAAACAGUAAUAAGAUUGAGGCUGUUUCCAUUAUCUCUUACUGGAGAGGCGACGAACUGGUUGAAUGAGAUGCCAGAUGACUCCAUCAGAACUUGGAAUGAGUUGAAGGAAGCUUUCCUGGAACGAUUUUUCCCAGAAUCAAAAGAGCUGCAGAUGAAGGACGAGAUUAGUACACACAAGCAACUACCAGGGGAAGCCAUGCAUGAUACUUGGUGGAGGUUCAGCCAAAAGUUAAAGAAAUUCCCCAACCAUGAUCUUACCGAAAUACAUCUUAAACAGGCCUUUUAUAGGUCUCUGAAUUAUGUUACUAAACCUGUUGUUGAUGCAGUUUGUGGAGGCUCAUUUAUGAGGAAGCCAUUUGCAGAAAGCAUGCAGCUAUUUGAUGAGGUCUCAAAGAACAACAAAGCAUGGUACACUAGAGAUGCAGAGGUAGGAGAGCUCGGGUAUGAAGAUCAGGAUCUUGACAUUGAUGAGGAAGCUAACUAUUUGGGGAAUCAAGGAGGUUUUCAGAAUUAUAACUCUGGAAAUCAAGGUUACAACUCUGGAAAUGCAGGUCGGAGCUAUGCUAGGGAUGGUAAUAGAGAUCGGGUGAGUGGUAGUUCUAACGGUUCCAAGCUGGAGGACAUGAUGGCUAAGGUACUUCAGAAGGUUGAGUCAACCGAUACAGGGGUGAAAGAAAUGAGAGGUGACUUCUCGAGCAUGAGUCAGUUGGUGGACUCUCACACCACCUCCAUUAAACAAAUAGAGCAGCAGUUAGGGCAACUCUCAGCCUCAAUGAAUCAGAGAAAGAACGGAUCACUACCAAGUGAUACCAUUCAAAAACCCAAGAAGGAAGGACACUACAUGGCCAUCGCCACCAGGAGUGGUGAAGUUCUUUCUGACCCUAUUUCUGUAGGUACUAAGUAUGAACAGGUCUUGGAGCAAGCUAGAAGAGAGGAGGAUGAGAAUAUACAGGUAGAUGAUCGGGGAGAGGCUCAACAAUCUCAACCUAAAGCACAACAUUUGAGUGGUAAAGAGAAAGAGGUUCAGGAACACCUACCCUUACAGCAGAUUCCCAGGCCACCUCCUCCUUUCUCUCAAAGGCUCAAAAAGAAAGCUGAAGAUGGAAACUUUACGAAAUUCAUCACCAUGCUGAAACAACUUUCAGUAAACAUUCCAUUGGUUGAAGCCCUAGAGAAGAUGCCAGGAUAUGCCAAGUUCGUUAAAGACUUGGUCACUAAGAAAAGAGCUGUAAGUCAUGAUUUCUCUAACGAUGUUCAUCAUUGCAGUGCCAUUGCUACCAGAUCUCUGGUGCAGAUGAAGGAAGAUCCAGGUGCAUUCACAAUACCAUGCACCAUUGGGUCAAUCAAGUUUGCAAAAGCUUUAUGUGAUCUGGGAGCUAGCAUAAAUCUGAUGCCUUUAGCCAUUUAUAAAAAGUUAGGUUUGGGAGUACCAAAACCGACAUCAAUGAGGUUGAUGGUGGCUGAUAGGUCAGUAAAGAGGCCAGUGGGAAUCCUGUGUGAUGUACUGCUAAAGGUGGACACUAUAAUCUUUUCAGCUAAUUUUGUGAUUCUGGAUUGCGAAGUAAAUUUUGAGGUUCCCAUAAUCUUGGGAAGACCCUUUUUGGCCACAGGAAGGGCUUUAGUGGAUGUUGAGAGAGGAGAGUUGAAGUUCAGACUCAACACAGAUGAGGUAAGGUUCAACAUUUGCAGGUCAAUGAAACAGCCAUGA